AAAAAAUUAAAAAAAAAAUGGGCUGCGGAAACUCUAAUAUCGUCAAUGAUGGAAUCAACGUCAAAAAUCCUCUAAUUUCACCUUAUAAACUAGUUAAUGUUCCUUUAAAAAACCGUAUAGUAAUGGCUGCUAUGACUCGUUGUCGUGCUAACCCUGCAGAUGGUAUUGCUAGUGAUCUAAUAGCGAAAUAUUAUUCCUAAAGGGCAUCUUUUGGUUUAAUAUUUACUGAAUGUUCUGCAAUAUCACCCUUAUCUAAUGCUUUUCCUGGUUGCGCUUGCAUAUAUAAUUAAUCUCAUAUGGAAGGUUGGAAGAAAGUCGUUAAAGCUGUUCACGAGAAAAAUGGUAAAAUUUACAUAUAAAUUUUCCAUAGUGGCAGAUCCACAAUGAAAGAGCAAUUAAACGGAGAAUCUCCCAUAGGACCAUCACCUAUAGCAAUAAAUGAAAACCAUCCAUAUUUCAAAACUCCAUAUCCAGUACCUAAAGAAAUGACUGUCGAAGAUAUCCAAUAAGUCAGAAAAGAAUUCCAAAAUGCAUUUAAAUUGGCUAAACAAGCCGGUUUUGAUGGCGUCUAAAUACACGCGGCUAAUGGAUAUCUUUUAGAUGAAUUCUUGAGAGAUGGUUCAAACAAUAGAAGUGAUUAAUAUGGAGGCAGUAUAGAAAAUAGAUGCCGUUUUGUACUGGAAGUAUUAGAUGAUGCAAUUAAAAUUUUAGGAAAAGAUAAUGUAGGUAUCAGAUUUUCACCUACAGGUAGAUAUAAUGAUAUGUAUGAUAGUAAUCCACUUAAAUUAAUGGAAUAUAUGCUCACUUAAUGUAGUAAUAGAAAAAUUGGACAUAUAGAAUUAAAAAGACAUGCUCCUUCAGAAAAAACUUCGGAAGGAAAAGAACUUCCAGAAAAAUAAAUUCCUGAUUUUUUUAGAACACUAAAGCCUUUUAUUAAAAAUACAACUUAUAUUUUAAAUGAAUCGAUUUCUUUAGAGGAAGCCAAACAAUUAAUAAUGGAUAAUGUUGGAGAUUUGGUGUCAUUUGCAAGAUAUGCAAUUAAUAAUCCGGAUUUACCGGCCCGAAUUGAAAAUAAUUGGGAAAUUAAUUAAAAUUAUGACUAUAGUACUUUCUUUACAGGAGGAGAAAAAGGAUAUACUGAUUGGGAAACUCAUUAAACUUAGUGAUUGUUUGUUUUUUAUAUUUAUUUAUUCAAUUUUUUAUUUAGUUUUUUAUAUAAAAAAAAUAUAUUUUUCUUUUUU